AGCUUAUUGAAAACAGCAGGAUGUAUUUCAUAUCCCCCUGAGGAAUAUAAAGAUUUCACCUGUUGUCCAGUAUUUAUUGUAACUUCUAAUUCCUUAGCUUUAGAAUUCCAGAAAUCUUUCCUCGGGGUUUAUCAGAAGGUAGAUAAUUUGACCCGGAAUGAGCGUCCAGUUUAUCAAUUAAAGGGAGGAAGAGUGUACGCAUAUUACUGGAUAUUUAACGAGAACAGAUUGGAUGAUGGAGAAAAUUGGUUGAUUUCCGACAACAUUGAUCAAUGGAGGCAUGGGAUUGAAUCACCAAACUUGUUCCAAGAAACAAGAGAGAACGAGAAUGGAUUAAAAGUGCAGUGCAAGGAACCAUACUGUGGCAAUCAAUGUUUAACCCAGGUUAACAAGGGUAGCGUUCCUUUCUCGGUUUGGACAAAACUUCACAGAAACUGGGGUUGGCUUAAGGAUACUAAACUUAGAGUUCAAUGUUAUGAUAUUGAAAAGGCAAAAAACUGUUGCACUAAGAUUAGAUUAAGAUCAAAUGGAUUAAGUUCCGUUUUUCAUUUUGAUAAACUUGGCGUGUACAAUGUUGCAGUAAACUUUCAAAACAGAAACCUGACUGAAUUGGGACGGUUUGUUUUCAACCAAGAAAAUGGAAAGAAUAUGUUGUAUAUGUGGGACUGGGGUCCAAAUGCAGGUAUGAACUGGAUGGUUUCCCUGGACUACUUGAACAAUAAGAGGUUUAUUGAGAGCUUGAGUGUUGAAACACAUCUAGAUAAUAAUAUCUGUAUUGAAGAUGUUCACAAAGUUGGACCUUUCCGAGUGUGGAAUACAGCAGACCGUGCCUGGCAGACAGAUUGGAACCUAAGAGUAGAAUGCUAUAAUGAAACACUAGACUGCUGUGACAAGGUUGGAGUACGGUCGACUCAAACUACUCUAUUUGUCCAGCCAGACAUUCUUGGAGAAUAUUCAUUCUUUACAGGAUACAAUGGCAGGUCUGUGUAUAAACAUUCUACUCAGGAUUAUCAAUUAUUCUUCAAGGAUUGGGGUUCUAACCAGGGAGAAAACUGGGUUAUCGGGAAAAAUUAUACGGACGACGAGAUACUGCUUUCUUCUCCCAACAUGGAAUAUGUGCAGAAUGAUUGUGUUACUGAUGCAGAUGAGAUUGGUUUAAUUAAACCAUUCCUGGUGAAAUCAAACGAGAAAUAUCAAGGUUGGCUUCAAGAUAGAUCUUUACGUAUUGAGUGUGUCAAGUUCUUUGAUCCAAAUAAUCCUGAUCUUCGGGAGUUUCUCAAGAAUAGAAGAACAGAAGAAAAUAGAAACAGAGUUGUUUAUAAUUUGUGAAAAGUAUAGACAGAAAUUAUCACAUUUAAAGUUUAAAACUUUGAACUCUGAU